AUGUCCAUGUCCCAAAGAACGCCCUUACGUUCCAGGUCCUCGCUAGGCAACUUCCUGCUGUCAGGAGGGACUGGAACCGCCGCACAAUCCAGUCCUGUUCCUCCCAAGCCCAGAAUCAACAUGACUGAUUUGAGACGCCCUCCCUCAAGAACCCUCAGACCAGGUUCUCCCAAGGCUCCAGUGACCCGUUCCAGGCCCAGCUCAGCUAUGGCACACUUUGGAAGCCGUCCUUCAACGCCCUCAGCCGUGGCUAGACCAGAACCGUAUACUGGCUCCAUCACUGUAUCCAUCAGACCCAAUCCCUACAGCGUGAAUCCCAGCCAGAACAGUCCCUGGGAGAUCCAGUCACCAGCGGGAAAGAUCACCAACACCACAGACAUGGCGUCUUUCAGCUUCGACAACGUUUUUGCACCCGACUCGUCGUUGUCCAAUCGUGAAGUGUACCAGAGAUCGUGCUCCAACAUCGUCGACAAGUUCCUCCACGAAGGCUUCAACGGCACAAUUUUUGCCUAUGGUAUGACUGGCUCAGGCAAGACGUUCUCCAUGAGAGGGUCCGAGCAGGACCCAGGGUUUAUCUCGUUGGCAGUGGAUGCGAUCUUUGAAAAGAUCGACUCGGACUCCAUCGACAAGGAGCACACCAUCCAGAUGACGUACUUGGAGAUCUACAACGAAAAGAUCAUCGACUUGUUGCAGCCUUCGAUCACCCAGAGUGACUUGAAAAUCAGAGACGAUCCGGUGUUUGGAACCAGAAUCAUGGGCAUCACCACCCCCACGAUCGGGUCCAAGCAACAGCUACUUCAGCUUAUAUCAAAAGGUGACACCAACCGUAAAACCAGUGCAACCGACUUCAACACCCGUUCUUCCAGAUCGCACUCCAUUCUCCAGAUCAAAUUGAAUACCAUUAACUUGUCGAAUAAGACAGAGACCCACUCCACCCUCUCCUUAUGUGAUUUGGCAGGUUCAGAAAGAGCAGUCUCAAGUCUCGAGAGAAGGAAAGAAGGCUCGUUCAUUAACAAGUCCUUGCUUGCGUUGUCAACGGUUAUCAACAAGUUAUCGAUGGCCUCGAACACAAAUAAUGCGGAUCACAUACCUUAUAGAGAUUCCAAGCUUACGCGUUUGUUACAGCCAGCUUUGUCAGGGUCAUCCUUAAUUCUGAUCUUGUGUACUAUCCAUAUUGGUUCGCCAUUGUCUAGUAACCAACAGUUUACCUCAGAGACAUACAACACCUUAAGAUUCGCAGCCAGAGCCAAGGAUAUUAUGAUGAAUGUGCAACAGAACAAGUCUUCCAAGUUUGGAGACGCAGAAUCGAUGAAGCUCAUUGAGGAAUUGAAGAAGACGAUCGAAAACCAAAAUAAUGAAAUAGUAAUGUUAAAGAUGAAUGGAUACCUGCCAGAAGUGGCUACUGGAUCAGUCGGUUCUUCUGAUUCGAUUGUUGCACAGAAAAACUUGAAGAUUGCACAGCUCGAAGCCGAAAACAAAUUGUUAAAUGAAAAGCUAGAGCAUUUAACACGGUUAACGGACCUCCAAAAGACAGAGACAAUUAUCUUAAAGAAUGAUACUUUGAACGAUAUCUUAGGUUCUGGAACCGAGUCUCUGCAGAUAAUGAUGGCCAAUCUCGAAGAGUUCUAUAAGAGAGUCAACUACGAGAUGGAUGAGCAAAAAUCAUACAUCAAUCAUCUUGAGAACCGAGUGAAAUCGAGUCAGCAGCAGGUGUCGUUGAUGCAAAAUUCUGGCUCGCAAAUGCAAUCCCAGAGAGAUCGGGAUGAUGAUGAAAUCACCAACAAGCAGUACGAGGAGUUGUUGAAGGAGCAAGAGGAAGAGAUCAUCCAGUUGAAGGAGUUGCUUAAGGACAAGGACCACUUGAUCAAGAGCUUGACCAAGACCACCAAGUUGCGCCGUUUGGUUGACUCGAACAUAAUGAAUUCGCAAGACCAAAUGCUGGCGGAUUCCGAAGGCAAAAAGCCAGUUUUGGCGGCAGUAUCCGAUGCUGUGGACAAAGAAAACAAUGUGUUGAGGCUGUUCAAGAUUGGACCUAGACCUUCGAUAGAGGUCGAGGUGGAGCCUCGGAUCAAAUUCAUGUAA